UUUAUAGCUAGAUUAUUGUCAUUUUUAUAUCCGAUUGUAAAGGCUGGUUUAGGUUUUAAUCAGUCAAGCUCUUUGACGGGUUGUUGUACGAUCUCCUCUUCGAACCUGCGCUAGAAAUUAUCGCUGGUGCCAUAUUAGUUUGGCUAAACGAGCAGAGUUUAGUUUCAUUCAAACGAGGCAAUUACUAUCACGUGUGAAUCAAGAAACUUCUUGAUUCAUACAAAAAGAAUAAUAUAUUCUGCCGAAAUUUCUGAGCAUAUUGAGUGAGAAAAGUAACUACUUAAAAAGUGAGUUUAGCAACUUCUUGGUUGAUUUUUCUCAAAUCAAAAAGAUAGAGAACUGGACUCUUUUGGAGGAGUUUGAUUGGUCUCUCAGAACGUUCUGACGCCAGUAUAUUGUCUGCCAUAAAUCAAUUAUUUUGUAACACUUAGUAUUGUAUCCAUAUUGAUGUGAUUCUAGUUCUUUUUUUAUAUGGGAAUCUAUUUUAUGAGAUUUGCAUGUUUCCGCUUGUAAAUAAUUUUCUUAAAUUAUUGAUGUGUGUUGUAUGAAUUGAGCAAUUUGGUGGUCCAAGAACAGAGAAGAACAGUUUGGUAAUCAUUGUGGAUAACUUUUUACAAAGUAACAUUUCUAUGUUGUUUGACUUUUUUUAUGGAUAAAGGUAAAUUAGCGGAGUUUUUUACUGUCUCAGUUUUUUGAACUAACAAAACUGACAUAUCUAAGAGCACCCACAAUGGGGGAUGAAGAGAAAUCCUUAGCUCUUACUCCUAGGUUAUUACUAAUAUAAUAAUAAUAUAAAUACUUAAUUAACUAAGGAUUGGUCCAUGAAUAAGGAUUUUAAGGACCAAAUCCUUAUAGAGGUGGUGGCUUGGCAUUGGGUGGGGAAAGUAUUGUGUUUUGUUUGGAAAGAAAAACAUUUUAUUUCGACUCAACACGAGAAAAAAAAAUUUGCUCUCAGCCACAAAGAGGCGAUUGUGCUCUUGUUGAUUUCUCUUGGCGACAAAUCCGACAAAGGCGAGAAAAAAAAUUGUUCGUUUAUACGAACUUGGAGUUUCGUUUUCUCAAAUUCUAUUCUUAUUUGGUAUAAUAGUUGGUGAGAAUUUGAUUGGAUCCUCUUCUGUGAAUUAGAUGUUCUUGUUUGUGUCUGCAAUUCUAUAAAUUUUCGUGGAGGUUUGAACUUUAGUUGUAUGUCUGCUGUUAAGUUUCUUCUUUUGAUUGUCUAAGGACGUUGUUUUAGAUACAAUUUAAUCGGUUUAGUUUUAAAAGUUUUGUUUUUUUUAUUGCUUCUUUAGCAUAUUUUUCAAUGAAGCUUUUGUUUGCUAAUGUUAGAUAUCGAAUGCUGAUAAGUGAAUAUCCUCACUAGUUUGAUUUUCUGGAGAGAAAGUUUGGUUCUUUUUUGCUUUUAUACAAAUCCACACUGUCUAUGAAUCAUCUUGUUGCAUUCCCUUUAAUAUGUGGUUGUUUUAGAGUCAAUUUAAUCGGUUUUGUUUAAACGUUUUGGUUUUCUAUUUCUUCUUUAGCAUAGUUUUCAAUGAAGCUUGUGUUUAAUGUUUGGUUUCCUGGAGAAAAUUUGGUUCUUUUUUUUUUCUUAAAUCAAAUUGCACUGUCUAUAAAAUCUGCUCGACAGUUCUCAAAGUUUGUAUCUUUAGCCCUUAUCUUGACUCAUUCUCUUUUGUUUUUGGCACUUCCAAUCACUUUCUUGUAUUCCUUUUGAUGUGUUUGUACUAUAAAGGUGUUAGUUUCCAUUCCCUGCGAUGGUAGAUAAAGGUCCAGUCAUCAGCCUCUGUCGUUCCCUGCUUCGGGCAGGGCAUCAGUACCCUGACUACAACAUCAGGGAGUACGCUAAGCGAAGGACCUUGGAGGGGUUCCGCAUGAACAAGAAUCUCACUGAUCAUUCUAAGGUGGAAGAGGCUUAUGCUGAAGGUAAGAAGCAGCUGGAGGUUGUAGAGAGGGUGGUGAAGGUUUACUUGGCAUAUCCUCCCAGGACCAAGAACAUCAUGGAACUCAAGCUUCAGUAGUGGAUAUGUAUGUUUGUCACUUUUAAUACACUCAAAGCUAUUUGCUAUGGUUAUUGGUCAUGUUUCUUAGUUCUUUCCCAACUAUGAGACAUUUGCUUUGUGUGAUUCUCAUGUAAUCUUUGUGGCAUCAGACCUUUAUUAAGUGAAGAGAUUAAUCUUGUAUUAGAGCGAAGAGAUAAAGAGUCCUUUUUGCUGAUUGUUCUUAAUAAUAAAAUCUCACACAGUUCUGCAGUUGUUUGCAUUGAAAUGUUCCCAGCUUUUCUGUAGUUUAUGUCUAUCUUUAACACUGAUGAUGUUAGGUUAUAAAUCUCUGGAUUCAAAUACAUUCUUGAUCUCUUGUCAGAAUUUUUGGGAGAAGAAUAUUAUGUAAAGAACAACAGCAAUAUUGUUGCUUGUGUUGGUUUUCCAUAAUAAGAACGGUUUUGAGUUUUAAGCAACAAGAUCACCGAAGAUCAAAACAAAAGAGAGUAUGUAAUGAACAUAUAUAACUCUUGUUCAUAUACAUGAACAAUUGAAAAAUAAUUUAAUUGAAAACAUUUGGAACAAAUUUGGUGAUGAAGAUUAAUAAUUAUUGUAUUUUAAUAUUUAAUUAUGUAAUAAAUAAAAAUUAAAUUUUACUUUAAAAGAAAAAAUAUUUUUUAUUUUUAAGGACUCCUAAUCAGGGAUCAUCAUUGGACAGACCAUUUUUAUUAGAGUCCUUAACUAUUCAAAAAAAUAUAUAUAUACUAAAAUAAUGGUAAGGACUCCAAGAAGGAGUCCACCAUUACAUAUGCUCUAAGAGCUCUUUAAUAGUUUGUUUGUGUGACUAUUGGGUAUCGGUUUUUUUUUUCUUUUGUGUGGUCAAAUUGGGUAUCGGUUUCUCCGUCAUUUAUUUAGAAUUAUGUUUCCCUCUUUUUUUAUGAACAACCGAAUUAUGGUUCCCUCAUUCCAACUUUUUCGAAAUUUUAGAAGUUGUGUGCAUACAUUUAGAUGAUAAAAAGAUAUAAGUGGACGAAGACACUGAAAUUAAGACCGAAUAGUCUUAACAAUAAUUCAAAAUACAAAGAUAUAAAUUUGUUUCGCUUGGUCACCAUACAUAUACACAUCUCAAGUCAAGGGUGACUUUUAUUUCUUUGUCACACUCAAGAGACUGACACCUACGGGAGCUUGGAUCAUCAAUCCUUACGUACGCCAAUACGUCAGCGUCUCCAUUUCAUAAUUAUUUAGAUUUAUGAGUGAUUUUGUAAAAAAAAAAGUAAUUUUGUAACAAAGAAACAAACAAAACAAACAAAAAGUAGUAGAGUUGUUAUUAUCAUCAACUCUUCCACUAAGCUAUAAUAAUCCUCCGAAUCUUCCACGAACAUCCAAAGAUAGAUUUGCUCUCCAAGCAAGCUAUCAUUUGCUCUCCAAGCAAGUUGAUAAGCCGAUAAUAUAGUUUUCCUUGCAUAAGUGGCAACUAGAUUUAAACUUCGACCUGCCCCCCUUUAUCUUUUUUUGUUUUUUUAACGUGUGCUCAUUGCAUUUGUUUUUUUAUGAUUAUUGUAAUAAUAUGCAGAUUUAAUGGGCCAACAAAACAAACUAUAAAAUAAAGAUAUCAAAUGAUUCGCCAAGAUAAACACCAUUUUUGCAAUAAAAUACUAUUAUAAGAUGUCUGAUUCUGCUGAUAAAAAAAAAGGGUGUCUGAUUGUUUUCGCAAAUAAAAUAUUUACUAGCUUAUUUGCUUUGUGGUUAAACACCUCUUCAGUUGUAUGAUUCGCUUUAGAUAUCAUAUUUUAUACGACGAGCAUAUGGCACUAUAACUUAAUUAAAAAACAUGUAAAAUACCAGCAGAUAAUUAAAUCUAAUGAAACUGAAAAAGAUUGAAGAAAUAGUUUUAUCAUUGACGGAUGAUAUUACAAUGCCAAUGUUAGGAUUCUUACAAAUCUCUCAUUUUAUCCAGAGUAUAUAUUAUAUGUACAAAAUUCUACAAAAAUAAAUUAAUUUUAAUUUAACAAACGAAA